CCUCGGGAAGGGGAGGGCAGAAUGGCAAGAGAGAGAGGUCGCAGCAUGGUACGGAUCCAGAUGCACAUGGGGAAGGGGGCGAGGGGGAUCAGGACGUAAAGCACAGAGAGACAGCGCGUGCCCGCGCGCGCGUGUGUGUGUGUGUGUGUGUGUGUGUGUGUGUGUGAGAGAGAGAGAGAGAGAGAGAGAGAGAGAGAGAGAGAGAGAGAGAGAGAGAGANGAGAGAGAGAGAGAGAGAGAGAGAGAGAGAGAGAGAGAGAGAGAGAGAGAGAGAGAGAGAGAGAGAGAGAGAGAGAGCUCUAAACGUCGUUGUGGUAGUAGUGUCCUGGGCAAUCCCUUUUUCAAAGGGUAGCGAGAGCACAGCCGCAGCAAUGAGUGAUCCCGUGGAGGAGAGAAUGAAUCAGCUGUUCGGGAUGAAGAACGGUCAGGCUGACUUGUUAGCCGAAAUGCAGCAAAUGAAGCGGAGGUGCGAGGAGCUAGAGGAAGAGAAAGAGAGGCUGGUCACGAACUUGCGCACCAGCAACCCUGGUGAUGAAGACGCAGGCGAGGAACAAGAAGAAGAGCAAGAAGAAGAGGAUGAGGCUUUUUGCCCUCCUGCACAUCUGGAGAGUGUCACAGGACCUGCGGCUGACCUCGGCUAUCAUGGUCGGGACCGCUGGAACGGUGUCGACGAGGACGAUGACACUUUGCGGAAGGAAAAUGACCUUCUCGUUGCACAGCAGGAAGAUCUGGAGAGGGAGCUGUGUCGCUGCCGUGCCGAGAUCCGAUCGCGAAUGGAGGAGACCGUAAGCCUGAGCGGCGCAAUGGCCGCCCUUGCCAGAAAGCUUCGUACGAACGAGAAGAAGUUGGCGGAGUUGACCGACUGCUUGGCUUGCCGAGAUAAAGACCUCAGCAAGACCGUGUUUGAAAACAAGGAGCUGCGCAAGGAGUUAGACGUCAACGUGAUCAACGCAAGCGCUGCAACGGAGAGGGCUGAAGAACUGGAGCGGGCUUUCGAAAGCGUGAAGAGGAAGAUGGAAGCAGACAUAGCAUCUCUUCGGCAGGAGAACGUGUGUUUGCAGUCCAGGGAGAGAGAAGCGAGAGGUGCUGUGCUGGCACUCAGUCGGGAGGUAGAGACGUUGACCAAGAACUGGUCAUCCGCCAAGGGACUGCUGGAAGAGGGAGAGGCAGAGAAGAGAGAGAUGUCGCAGCUGGUGAACGCACUGUCAGAACACGUGGAAGAGUACCGGAAGAAGGACACAGAGGCGUUUCGGAAGCUGCAGGUGGCUGUGGAAGAGGCGGAGGUGUGCAAGCUGGAGCGCGAGAGGGCAUCGGCUCAAGUCCUGAAAUUAGAAAAGGAAGUGACGAGUCUCACGGAGAAGCUUGACGCAGAAAGGAAAAAGAACUGGAAAUCGCAAAACGCGAGUGCCAUUACCGAAUCAUCAUCGAGUGCGGCCGGGAUGGGGAUGGCGAUGGGGCCGUUGUCAACGAAUGGGGCAAUGGGAGCAGGAACCAUUACAGCUCAGGCGGUGGCGGCCUUGCAGGAAGAGGUCAAUCGACUGACGAGGACGGAGUUUGAGCUGUCAGCUGCGCUGGCCAGGGCACUGAGGGAUAAGAAAACGUGCGAACAGGAAUUAAAACAAGUUCAAGCGAAAGCAUCAACAUGCCUGCAGCAGGCCGGUGCAGCUUUAGUGGUUGACAAGGGCUUGGUUUCCUCUCUUGGUGCCGGUAUCCCUGUUGGUGGAGUCGGAAUGGCAGCCGCAAUGGCAGCAAGACUCGAGGAAACAGAGCGAGACAGGGACACAGCGCUGGAAAAAGCUACCAGCUUGGCGCUGACAGCCCAGCGAAGUGCCAAUGAGUGGGAAUCUGAGCGGACCCGGUUGAGAGCCCAGCUCGCUGAGCAGGAGAAGCAACUCAAGAAGGCGGAGAAAGAGCUAGGACAAACGAGAGGCCGGGCAACUCAGUUAGCGCACGACUGCGAGGAGCUCGCAAGGCAGCUCCAGACACAAAAGCGUGCAACCAGCAACGCUGCGCAGGCUGUCAGGAAUGAGGCCGAAGCGGUCCGGCUUGACCUAGAGGGCAAGUGUAAAUCUUUGGCCGAGAGGGUAGCUCAGCUGACCGAGAUGCAUAACAGAUCCAUGACAGAGAUGGCACCUGUGCUUGCGGCCAACGAGGACCUGCUGCGUCGGAUGAGAGAGGAGACUCGAAAUGCAGCCAAGGUGUUUGAGGAAGCGACUGCAGAGCAGAGGGCAGAGAGUGGGCGGUUGGCCGCACGGGUGGAAGACUUGUCAGACCGGUUACAAGCUGCACAGGCCAGGGCAACUGUCCUUGAUAGGGAGUUCAAGAUCGCCAAGGAGGAGGUGCAGACGCUCAAGCUUGCUCUAGAGGCAGCAGAGAAGCAUGGAAAGGAUGCGAGUGCCCGGCUGGCAAUCAUGCUUGAAAGCGAAGCGGAGUGGAUCAAGGCCAAGAAGGAGUUCCAGGCCGAGAUAAGUAGGAAGGCUGAGGCAAAGGAUCAAGUUGUACGAGAGAAGGAGCUCGCUGUCGCCGAAUGCCACAAACUCCGACAAGAAUUUCGCCACAUUGCCAAAAGGUUGAAGGGUGGUCUAUCCUCGCCAUCGUCGCCAUCAUUGUGCUCCUGGACAAGCAGAAAACCCAGCGGUUAUGCCGAUGAGGUAAAGAAGAACAAACUGCACCGGGAGUCGACGGGCAUUGUCUCUCCAUCCUCACUCAAGCUGGGCUUCCACAGCCAUCUGCGAACAGAAUCUGGUUUUCAACGAGGGGAAGCAGAGGGGGAUGCAAAGAAGAGCGAUUAUCACCGCCAUCACAAACCGACUCAGGAACGACUGUAUCGGCAAUGUCAACGACAGCGAAAGGAGCAGCAGCAGGAGGAGGAGGAGAAGGAGGAGGAAGAGCAAUUACACGUGAAGGAGAAUCACCGCUGGGUCAGAAGGGAGGGUGAGGACAUUGCUGGUGAGAGACAAGACGGAGUGGGCACUGAACGUGCCGGUGCUGACAAUGGUGACGCUACCCUCACAAACAGUGCUAGCCUGGGUGACAGUGCGGAGCUCGCGGGCCAACUGCACCUGCGGCGAGCAAGAUGUGCAACCCAGAUUGCAAAACAGCGCCGAAGAACUGCCUGAUCCCCGGAAGGUUUGCUGCUAGGGGAUGCAGUUAUAUCCCCAAACACCGUGUUUUUCGUCAUUGGGUCUACUGGGGUCCUCUGUGGGAUAGAAGCGGGUGUGCGAAGGGUGUGCAUUGGCCACUGUGGGGAUGCGGGAAAUGCAGCCAUACAGGGCCCCCAAGGCUUUUCUUUUGUUCUCUCUAUUUUGCGUCUAGAAGCUGCAGGAAAUUGAUGUCUGUCUGUCAAAGAUGUGUCAGGCAUAGAAUUCCCCUUAGAAACAUUGGCGGCAUGUGGCUUGUUGCCAGCAUGUUAGGGCUCCUGGGUAUUAAUGGUUUUAUUUUUGCUGUUGUGCUCCUGCAACAUCAAGCCAUUGUGUGAUAUGCAUACUCCUGUUUGCAGACUUGCAACCUGUACACCCAUGGCAGGUUUUUGGUCAUUGGGUCUACAGGACCGAAGCCGCGAAGCGGUAGUGCAAAGGGUGUGCAUUUCUGGGGAGGGGUUUGGAGGGGUGCAUGCACUGCAUGGGGCAGUCAUUGGGCAGAGGACCGGUUAAAGUGCAUCGUGGGAUUUCAUGUGACAGUCCCCGUCAACAAAUGAAUUUAAGGGGUUGAG